AUGACCAAGAGCACGGCCGACCCCGACUCCAGGCCCAACGAGCUGAGGACAGAGCCUGCUGCCAGCACAGCGUCCUCUGAGCUUGCUGCAACCUGUGACCAGGCAGCGGCCGAGGGCAGGGUGGAGGCUGACAUGACCCUGACUGAGGGCAUGGCCACCUCAAACAACCAGACUCAGGCCAUGCCACAGACUGACGCCAUGACUGCACGAACUGUGCUAGCCACGGUGAAGGACAUUCUACAGAGACUCACGUCCUGUGACACUGUGGAUGCCGAGCUGCAAAUGGAUAUUGUGAGCCUGACUGAAAAACACCCUGCUCACGUGGUGAUGAGCCUCCUGCACUGUGCCCCAUUGUGUGACAGAGCUGCCACACUGAUGUGGAGGGCCAUGGGCACCUCAGAAGUAGCUGCGGAGGAGGUGCUUCCAGCACUGCUCUCUGUGCUAGAGAAUCAGCCACCGUACGGCACGUUCUUCUGCAGCGGGGACGAGGCCGUCUUUGCCCUGGCUGCAACUCUGGAGCUGUGGAGGAUUGCCCCCAUGUCUGAGUGGCACUACGAAAUACUCCUUCAUUCUCCCCAGCUGUUUGUGGAUCUGCUCUUGCAAAUUUUCAUCACCACAGAGCAGAUGCCAGAGAAUGUUCAGAACUUCUGGAGAGUGUGCCAGGAGGAACACGGCCUUCCCAGUGACCCCAACAGGUUUGCAGCACAGACCAUGAAGGCUCUGCUCUCCCAGCUGGGCUUUGACAAGAAGCUGGUGGCUCUGGAGCACCUGCAGGUCUGGGACACCCUGCUCUGUGCCGACACCCAGCAUGAGGCAGCAGGCCUGCUGGCCAGGGAGAUGCGCUGUGGCUUGACCCCCUUGUGUCCCCACAUGGCCUCGCACCUGCUCAGCCUGCUCAUCGGGAAGCAGCCACGCUGGGAUCUGCCUGCCCUGGCGUUCUUGGUGGAGCUCCUGGAGUGUCUGGACUUGAGCCAACACGGUCCCAGUGCCCUGUGGGUCGUAUCCAGGCACCUGCCGAGCAAGUGCAGGGAUAGGCUGCUCCUGCAGAUCAGAGGCCUCGUGGUGCUCAGCAAGGAGCCCUCGCUGGGUGGAGAAAUAUGCAGCCUCUAUCAACAGCUGCUGGAGCAGCUGGCUGAUCCCGAUGCAGAGGUGGUCUGGAUGACCCUCUCUGUGCUCACGCAUGUGCUCCAGGACAAAGACCAUAAGAUACCCAGCAUCACCGCCCUGAAGCUGGCUGAGGCCCUGCUGCCACACUUUGACAAUGACAACAGCCAGGUGCAGCUGCUCUCCAUUCAGCUCUUCAGCAAGGUGAUGGAGCUGGUAGUGGAAGAGGGGGAAGAGCCUCUCACGAGAAUCGUGAGCCAGAGCCUGCUCCCUCUAUUCCUGCGCUGGCACGAUGAGAACCUGCACGUGGCCAAGGCCUCUCACGAAGCCCUGCUUUGUGCGGCACGCUUCCUGAGGAGGACGGACCUCGAGGAGCUGCUGACGAAGGAGCAGCGGAUGAAGUUUGUCCAGAGCCUGGUAAGGACACCCGGGAGCCCCAGCCGCAGGCUGGAGAAGCCCCCUGCCCCCGGUGCUCAGCGUGGGGGGCUGGCAGCUGUGUCCCUGCCCAGCGCCGCACCCGGGGCCGCCAGCCCGCGCCCCGCACGCUGCUCCCUGCCCUGGUCCGUGCGGGCCAGCUCGGCCAGUGCUGGGCACAGGGAGCGCCCGGCCAAGGGGCAGAGCCCGCGCCGAGCCUUCGCUCCCUGCAGCUGCUGCAGGAUGCGAGCCGAGCGGCCGAGCACCUGCGCUGGGCCCUGCCGCGCCUGCAGAGCCCGCAGAGGCCCCUGCGAGAGGUGGCAGUCAGGAUCAUCGGUGAGCCACAAGCCCGGCGUCCCUCCCCGCCUCCCGGCCCGGCCGCUGCCCCGGCAGCGGGAGCCGCGCCCGGGCGCUGCAGCCCCGCCCGCCCUCGGUGCUGCCGCUGCCCUCCCGCAGCCGUGCCCUCCCUCGGGCGGCAGCGUGCGGCAGGGCCCGGGCUGA